AUGUCCAGCUCUAUUUCUUCAGAUUUGCCUUUUGAGGCCAUCACAUAUCUAUUCCAUCAUGUUUUCCUCCCCCCGAAGCUCCCGCAGGACGAUGACUACAACGCCGACCACGAUCUCGCUCUCUUAAGUACCGUCAUUCGAGCUCUGCGCAGUUUCACGGACCAUGUGCCUAGUCAGAAUGCCAAAUGGAUUGCCGCGAUGUUUACAAUGCUGCAUCGCUUGAAGCAAACUCUAGUAUUACAUGGCGGCAUAAGUGAAUCGAAACUCAAAACGACCUUGGAACAACUCCUUUCCGAUGGGGGCGCCUUGCCUGUUUAUGUUCGCUCUCAGAAUGCCGCGCUCCUCAUCAACAAGAACGACACUGGGGUACAUCUGGAGGCAUUCGAGUUAUCUCCCCAAAACGCAGCCGUCAACUCAACUGUGGGUCGCCUGCAGCGUCAGUUUCCUGGGUCAGUCUACACUAUAGACACUGCCACGUUCAGGAAAGAUGCCCUUGCAGACGUGAUCGCUCCGAUACUUGCCAAAAUGAGCAGCCAAUCGGUCGCGGGGACCAAACCUCAAGUCAAGAAGGCUCGUCGUAGCCACGAUGAGGAUAGGGAUGCAACCGACCCUAAAAUGGUAACUGAAUUUUUCACAACAUUUUUGCGCCCUUGGUGCAAAACCAUUGGUCAUGGCCUGCAACUCCACAAAAAUACGCGCGAAGAAGUCCUGUGGCUCGACAGCCGAUCUCCAUGGCGGCGGAGUUCUCUGUGGCUUCUGAUACGAGUGGCCCUUCAGCUUAUGCUCCGAAGGGCCUGUUCAGUCUCUAAGAUAUCAGAGGAUCUGUACAAGCACUUCAUGGUAUAUUACAUGAGCACAAUCUUAGAUACCUGCCGCGAAAAGGUGUCCGCAGAGCAAUGUUACAUAAUGAACUGUAAAAUUGCUCGCCGGCUACAAAAACUUGACUUGUCCAUGCAUCCCGCAUGGUUUACUUACGUUCAGCAGACUCUCCAGGCCGCUAACAAUUCUGUUCAGAAGAGCUGGAAGAUGGUCAUGCUGCACAACAGCUUCCGGCACAACGCUCCUUUGGCAAGUUUGGAUUUCAACAAGGACGUUUAUUGCUCAUUGCCCUUCCUUGACGGAUGGAUAGAAGGCAUCACCAGGCGGCGACACUCUUUACCUCCGGGCAUGUUUCAACCACAGCCAGAACUUAUUGAUUUCCAAAGCAUAGUUCUCCCAGUACUUCUUGCCACAAGUGACCCUAAAUACCAGCUCCUGAGACUUGCGGCAUUCGAAGCAUGGGUCGAGGUCAACCUUGACAUUUGGUUGCAAUCUCACCUCAACGAAGAGAACACCUCUCUGGUGCUAGGGGACCUGAUCACCCACUAUUAUCAGAUCUCGUUCGGGCUUUAUUCCCAAAAUCCUGAAGCAGUAUCGGUGAUGGUGCUCACAAUCCUGGAAUUGUGGAUUGCUUGCGACAAGGCUACCAUCCAGCAGCACCCGCUCCUUCGCGAGUACAGCACAUGCAUCCCAAUGGGCGUCUUCGAAGCUUUAGUGCUACCCUAUCGAUCACAGAUGAUCAGACUAUCUCGUGCAGAAGACUAUCUUUACCAACGUCAGCGCCGGCUUCGGUUCCCGCAUGCUUCCAUUUUCCAAGACUUUGGCACUCGGACCUGCUUUUCUGUUCAGUAUUUUGCACAGUCCCCAGAGCAUCAAGGUUUGUUAGCGACCAUCGAGACCAAUGCCCUGGAGACUCGGGCUGCGAAGAAGAUGGAGCUUCGUCAGAAGCAUGAAGAAUACAAACAAUUGAAUGCUCGAGCCAAUCAAAUGAGCUGCACGUAUAUUGAGGUUCCCUCGAAUGGCCAUGAAGGCUCAAGAAAGACGCUCCACAGCACGUCCUGCCAAAGAUGUUCGUACAAGUCGCAGGCAAGCUCACUUAGCAUAAACAUCCACGAGUGGCCGUUGCCUUCACAGGAUCUGCAGGCGAAAUCCACCGUAUUUGAACUGAACGUCCCUCGCCCAUUUUCGGUCUGGCGUGACACCACACUCUUCUUCUUGCUUACCGUCCUACAUCUCGACUAUGGUGAAAAAGCGCAGCCCAGAACAAGGUUUCAGCCGCAAACGUACGAAGGUCUUCGGCCAUUUUUCACUUCUGCCAGUGACCGUCAGAGAGCCGGCCUUCUCUCACAGAAUAAACCCCACCAAAAUACACACAGACGGGAAAGGAUGAUUAUUGAUGUGACGGAGAGUGAUAUUUGCCUGGAAAAUGGGAUGAGUUUCCGUUACUACGACAGCUUUACCGAGUGCUUCAUCACCAACUUCAAGGCAACAGACGAACUUGCAACCUCGUGUAUGUAUAAGCUGCCUGAGUCAUCUUCAUCCUUGCAACAGUUCCUUUUCCGCCCGACUGGCCAAAAGAACGGGCCCUCCCCUAACACGGUUAUUGCGUCGCAGGACGCCUGUCCGCAAAACAUGUCGCUUGAGGAGUACAAGGCGCUCUGUUCAAUGGCGCUCGGGGUUGAAAUUCAGUGGCAGAAUAUACUAAGACAACUAGCCAUGCCAUCGGUAGUCUUCAGGAAAGCAGAGACUUGUCUUUUUAUUCUACAGAUCAUUCGCCAGGUUGGACCUCGAGCCCAAACAGUUUUACGGGCAGGACAUGCUAUCUUGCACGAUGGGUGUUUUGUUAAAGCUCUGCUCGCCGCGAUUGAGGACACUGCAGACAGAAUUAAGGAAAACUGGGAGACGGCUCACGAGCUCAGCGCACUGAUCUUCCUUGUCCAGAGAGUGCUGUCACUUUCGACCUCCGCCGACGCCGUUGUUGAAGACCGAUGUCUGGAGCUGUUAUCGUCUCUACGCCAAAUAAGUUUCAACUGGGUCAAGCAUGUUAGGGACAAGGCUGGCAAAGAAGCAAUCGACGUGCGCCGGAUCGAGUUGAUUACACGAAGCACCCAUUUGGCUCUGAUUUGCGUCGCCACGUAUGAUUCUGAAAGCCCCGCUUUACGGCGAAUACUAGCAAAUGCGUCGGACGCCUCGAUUUGGUUUCAAUGCUGUAUGAUCAUACAUGACCGAAAAGGCAUCAUCGACGUUAUAAAUGGUGGGAUGGUUCAGAUUCUUUACCAACGCUGGCAAGUCGUGGCUUAUCGCUGCCAAAAGAUCUUGGCCCACAACGUGGUCCAUAACAGGCAACCGGCGUUGGAUCUUGCAAUCAGAGAGGCUUGGGCUGCAUACCAGAUGGGUUCUUCAUGGAUACUUGCCCCGGUGGUUGGAGAUCACUGGCUUGUCGCCAGCCAUGGCAGCUUCCUUGCCCAUUAUAAUUUACUGACAGGGGAACUACUCAUCAACGGCCGACCGUUGGCUCGCCUUCCCUCGGAAUUUGAAAGCCACAAGACAUACAAAAUUCUGUUUGGCGAGUCGCCUGUGGAAGUGAUGCCCAGUGAGAUUCCUGGGAUGCUGUUCUCUGGCCAGAGAAAGCACAUGAAUCAGACUAUACACUUCGGAAAGGAGCUGUUGCAUAAAUCAGACCAAUUUGAACUCUCUGUUCGGGCAGUGAGCGAAGAAUCUGAGGUUCGAGAGUUUGUGCCGGUUUCCCUUCUUCAAGGGGCAUUUCCAGACGCCUUUCUUGAGGACUGCGUGCACUGGUAUAACUUCAACACCGGGCAUGUGGAAUUCCGGCCGCUUAAAAACCCCUGGGUAUCAUCCAGCUCGCACUGGCGACUGCAACGAGGACAUCCCGGUAGUAACGCCUGGUACCUUGUUAAAGGUGAUAUGUCCUUAAUUAGCAUGUGCAGCCCGACUGCUAAAUUACUUUCUUGCAUCCUGCAACCUAUCGAACGUGCCUCCAGGCUGCAUUGCAAACUCAACACCUCAUCAUCAACACUAGAGAUUGAACUUCCGCGCCUCCGGCUGAGUUUCAACCUCAAGUCCGGCCAGUCAUGCAUUCGAUCUCGCCAGUACCGUGGAAUGUUGGUUGAUUCUGAUCAGUCAUUGGGUACCCUUGUCGGCUUGCGCACCAAACUCCUCUUGCGACAUGAAAAAGACGGGAACCGAAUGGUACUUAUUCCUGAUGGCAAUGCCACUUGGCUAGUAGAUGGAGAUCAUAUUACUGUCCAAAUUCUCUGGCAGGAGGUGUCAUAUACCCAUGUUUACUCCGUGGAUGAGCAACUUGGCCGUUUAGCAGACAACGGGAGCCUUCAGAGCAAACUAAUGCUCUGCUACCUACAUGGCAUUACUUCGUUCUGUCUUCCAGAUCCGCUUACGGGGAAGACGGGUACCGAGCAAGCCUUAACUAUCCUUCGUUCUGCAUCAACACGAUCUUUUGGUCAACUACGACCAGAGAAUGUUGCUAUCCUGGUGAAGCUGGCCGGUCUAACGCCUGAGAGGAAGUAUUAUCCAGCCAAUGAACGUGUGAUGCAAAGCAUCAAGUGGAGAGAAUCGCUCAGUUGCCUAGCCCAACAUCGCGACUUUCUCAAACAGGUCCUGUUCAUACUUGACCAAAACCGUCGGAUGCGGAUAUUCUAUCCAGAUGCCAAGGAUUACGGCGAGCUGCCACUGCCGAGUGUGGAUAAUGUACUGUCUCAACGUGACAAGAUUCGUUCAUCUUCAUUCCGUUCACCGGGCUUCGGGGCAGAGGAUCACACAUGUGCUUGUGACACGCGGUAUACUGAACGUGGUCAGGAUCACCAGUCACAACAGUGCUAUCAAGUUUUCACCCUAUGCCAAGCACUCUACAACAAGACAACACCGUUCGACAAGCGACUGUACCGCGAUGAUUGGCUUUCAGAAAUAUGGAAAUUUUUGGGACACGUGGUUGAGGGCCCCAGUGUUCUUGUCGAAAAGACGCGAAUCGCGUACGAUGCCACCUGGUUGUUCGACGGCAAGGAGUUCCUCUCAAAGCACUGGUGCAGCAUUCAUCAGUUGCUAUGCUCUGGGGCUUCUCGCCCAAGUAAGCAACAAAUGAUGAUCUGGCUUUCAACCCUGUCGCUGUCCGAUCAAGUCCCAAUGGGCGUCCUCAAGAGCAUUGCCGCACUGUACAUUUUACCGAGUAUGGCCUCCAUUAUGCCGCCAUCGCGUAUCCUCUAUAAUCCAUCCCAGGGAUACGAGCUUGAUGACGAGGCGCUCAAGACUCAGAUACGGUUUACAAUGCGUACUGGACACAAUCUGCCAGUACCCCUUGAUCGCAACCCAGGGGAAAGCGAGAAGAAAUUCAAAACACGCAAAACGAACUGGAUAAAUACAAAGAGAGAGGAGGUCCUUGAGAAAUUUGUGGCUGGCCUGCGCAUCCAGUGGCCUACAGCAUCUCCGGUUGCUCCAAUCAGCAAUGAAAGCCCAGGGUUCGGAGACUAUUUCGAUGCGCAUCAAGCAAUGCCCCGUGUCCAGGCAAAUUUCUCAAUUUGGUUCCAUAACCUAGAGUUGAAGGAGUAUCUGGAGAGGGUCUACGCAAUUAUCUCUCGUGAGAUGGUUCAGCCUGUCGAGAUGCCACCUGUUCCAUUACCUCCCCUUGCUCGUCCUACCCCUCGAACAUGCGGUUUCGCUUCUAUCGGCGACGUACUUGAUGGGUCCCUUGGACCUCCGCCAUUUUUGGCUACAGAGCCACCGCAUCUAGGCCCCAUGCUGCAAUCUGAUACUUCGGCCACAAAACCUGUCUCGCGCCUUCCUGCCUUGGUUGAUGUGCUGGGGCGUCAGGCACAAUCCGAGUAUGAGAGACAUUACGUCGAACAACUGUACGGAAGCUCCCAGUCCUUGCUGGACAUAAAGCAAGCCGACAAAGUUACUUUGAAUCGAGAUGAGGUCCAAAAGAUCACCUCCGAACACCUUCGACUCUGCGUCAAACACUCCAAGGAAAUACGCGACUCUAUACUUGCCCGAUUGACUCUUUCUGGUCAGCCUACGGAGACCGCAAAUCAGAAGCAAUUUAUCCAAUAUGAUAUCUUGAAGACAGUGGCAAGCAUCAACAUGGGGCCGAGGUUGUCACCGGACCUGCUGCUUCAACAAUUGAACCGAAGGAGGUGGAGUCAACUACCCAUGGACUGGAAGACCUGCUUCAUUGCGUAUGGACGCUCUAUAACAGCACUUCAACGGGCAAAACGGCUGGUUAAACUAACCAACCACCAAGAACAAUUCGUCAGGGAACUCCAGAACCCCGGUCAUACCAACUGGAGUCCAUUCGAAUUCCCGGAGUCAUUGCUCUUGGAGAUUGAGAGCGGCCUCUUGAUCCGCGAAGUUCAAGAGCAAAUUGCCCAGGAAAUGCGAAACGCGGAGCAGAAUGCCGUCAUGCAACUAAAUAUGGGCGAAGGCAAAUCCUCCGUUAUUGUCCCGAUGGUGGCCGCUGCACUUGCCAAUGGCUCCUGCCUCGUGCGCGUGCUUGUCGCGAAACCACAGUCUCAACAGAUGCUUCAGAUGUUGGUCUCGAAGCUUGGUGGCUUGCUUGGGAGACAAGUAUACCAGUUGCCUGUGUCGCGUUCGUUAAAAAUAGGCGAUGCAGAGGCGGCAGAAAUAGAGCGGAUGUGCUUGGAAUGCAUGGCCAGUGGAGGAGUUCUCCUUGUGCAACCAGAACACAUUCUUUCCCUAAAGCUUAUGUGCGUUGAAUGCUUUACUAUUGGGAAAGUAUCUGUUGGUCAGACCCUUUUAAGGAUCCUGGAGCUCUUUCGAAAUUCGUCGCGGGAUGUUGUUGACGAAAGUGAUGAGAAUUUCAGUGUCAAGUUCGAAUUGAUCUACACCAUGGGUGCCCAGCAGGCUUUGGAGUUCAGCCCACAGAGAUGGACUAUCAUUCAACAGCUUCUGGAUCUUGUACGGAUGUAUGCCCCUUUGAUAAAAGCAAAACUUCCCCACUCAGUUGAAUUGGAUAAGCAAUGGCCUGGCGGGUUCCCUCGAACGCGGUUACUUCGUGAAGACGCUGUGUCCGAGCUUUUCAAAAUGAUUGCCAAUCACAUCUGCAACAAGGGUAUCGACUCUUUACCCAUGUCAAGGCAGCCAGAGCUGAUUAGAAAGGCUGUUUUCAUUUAUAUCCUCAACCCAGACCUCGCAGCCUCUGAGAUUGCAGCAGUCGAGGACAACAGCACGGAGCUCUUCUGGACUUCGACCAACAAAGAUACUCUCCUUCUCCUGAGAGGCCUCCUUGCCGGAGGGGUCCUGUCUUCAUGCCUGGGUCAGAAACGCUGGAGAGUUAACUACGGACCUCACGAUUCUAGACGACCUCCAACCAAGCUCUCCGUCCCCUACCGCGCCAAGGACAAUCCAGCGCCGCGGUCUGAAUUCAGUCAUCCUGAUGUUGUUGUUGUGUUGACAUGUCUAAGCUAUUACUAUGCCGGCCUUAAGGAUGAUGAGCUUUUCCUAGCGUUCCACCACCUGAUUAACUCCGAUCAGGCGGAUAUAGAAUACCAGCUGUGGAUAGAUAAUGCGCCCGAGUUGGACCAGGCGUACUGUCAGCUAGGAGGAAUCAACCUCCAAGAUCGGCCCCACUGUUUGCAACAUAUCUUCCCCAAGCUCCGGGGUUCAAAAGGUGCCAUUGAUUAUUUCCUUUCUCAUAUUGUCUUUCCCAAAGAGAUGAAACAGUUCCCGAGGAAACUCUCUGCCUCGGGCUGGGAUAUCGGUGAGGUCAAAGCACUCCCAACGGCUGGAUUCAGUGGGACCAAUGAUUCCCGGGUGAUUCUGCCACUGAGCGUGAAGCAACUCGACCUCCAAGAGCAAAAUCACACUAAUGCUUUGGUCCUUGAGUACCUCUUGCGGCCUGAGAAUUCUGUUGUUCAUGUUCCAGCCCGAGAGGGUGGGAACUCAGACGCGCAGGCUCUGCUGGAUAUGGUUGUUGGGCUCGACCCGCCUACGCAAGUGAUUCUCGACGUUGGCGCUCAAAUUUUGGAGCUCACUAACUUCGAGGUUGCUGUAACGUGGCUAAAGAUGAUGCCGGAUAACGAUAGCGGGCGCACACAAGCCGUGGUAUUCGUCAGUGACAGCGACGAAAUCUGUGUUGUGGAUCGGACGGGACUUGUUGAACCGCUACAGACAUCUCCCUAUGCAACGCAACUAGAGGCAUGCCUUGUUUUCCUAGAUGAGGCACACACGAGAGGUAUUGACCUCAAGUUGCCUCGGAAUUACCGCGCUGCGGUCACCUUAGGAGCUGGCAUCACCAAGGACAAACUUGUACAAGCAUGUAUGCGAAUGAGGGACCUUGGCAAAGGACAAUCUGUUGUUUUCUGCAUGCCCGCGGAGAUUAAGACCAAGAUCUUAUCUCUGAUUGGCAAGCCAGAUAACUACACCAUCGAGGUCUCGGAUGUGCUUCGCUGGGCGGUUUCAGAAACAUGGGUCGAAAUGCAACGUAAUAUUCCACUUUGGGCUGUCCAGGGCGAGCGUUUUGAACGCCAGUGCAUCCUCUGGCGUAAAGCUCGUGGCGGCGCAAUCCCCGAAAACCAUGCGAAAUUGUUCCUCGAACCCGAAUCCCAGUCCCUGGAACAGCGAUACCGCCCGCGUGCUGACAAGAAUGCUGCUCCGUUCCUUGUCUCUGCGUCGAACAAGAACAACCGCAAUAUCCAGCUCAUCCUGGAAAGAAUCCGCCAGUUUGCUAAUGUCAAUUUUAAUGCUACGCAGCUCCAGGAGGAACAGGAACGACAACUUGCGCCUGAGCUUGAACAACAGCGACAAGUUCAGCGGCCGCCUGGCGCUAAAGCAAGGGACCAUUCUCUUCACCCUGAUCUGCGUCAAUUCGUGGCUACUGGGCAACUGAAUAGACGAUCCCAGGCGUUUACUUCAGCUUUCCAGUCGUUAGCAAUGACAACAGCGAAAAAGCACCUAGAUAUCUCUGAGUUUCCGCGGGAUCUCCUAGUCACCAGGGACUUCGAGAGGACCAUUCUUCCUUUCAACGGAACAACAACUGUCUUUGACGACUACCAGCGCCCCGUCCAAUGGGUCCUCAUAAGCUGGGCUUAUUCUGAGGAGGGUGAACCAGCGGUCUGGAAAAUGCUAAUCAUCAGCCCAUACGAGGCAAAUGAACUCCAUUCUGACAUCCGAAAGUCUACCUCUGUCACAAUGCACAUUUACGCGCCGCGCCAAAACCGGAGCUUCUCCCCUCUCGACAAUCUCAGCCUAUACACGACACCUGCAAUGAUUCUUCCGAAAAUCCCAGUGUUGCUGCGCAUCCAGCUUAACUUAUUCGCGGGCCAGCUGUACAUAUCUUCGUACCAGGAGUACCGCGAGAUAUGCGAUUUCCUGGGCGUUGCGUACUAUACCGCGCCAGAGGGCCUGACUGUCCUGUCUGAUGGGUUCAUUCUGGAGGCGAAUGAUGGCCGUGCCUUGCCGGGGGAGUUUCAGAACAGCCCGCUUAAGUUUCUGAAGGUGCUUAUGUCGACUAUUCGGAAGGAUGGGCAGGAGAUUGAUAAGACGCAUCUUGGCAAGCUUCUUGAUGGGAAGUUGCUGUUUGAGGCGGACUUUGAUGAGGGUGCUGGAGAUGGUGAUGCUACGCUGGUCCAGGAAGAUGCGAUUGAUGAUGCUGCCCCUGCCCCUGCCGCUACUGCCACUGAUGCUACUGAUGUCAUCCCGGUACAUGAGGACGCCGCUGACGAUACUGUUGAUAAUACAGUAAUCAAGGAGGAACCUACCAGUGGUGCUGGUCCUGUCGUUGCCGAUGUAAGCCCGGUGCGGGAAGAAGCCGCUGACGAUACUGUUGACAACACGGUCGUCAAGGAGGAACCUACUAAUGGCGCUGGUCCUGUCAUUGCCGAUGCCAACCCAAGGCAUCAGGAAUCAAUUUAUGAUGCCGUCGAUGCCACAAUAGUCAAGCAGGAGCCCGACCGUGACGGCGACAUCACCAUGGCAAACGCAGAAGAACCCGACGACGACAUCGUGUUCGUGAAGGAAAUAACAUAUGGCGUGGGAGCCGUCGACCGGGAUAUCAAACCUGUGAAGCUGGAAGAGCCCGAUGACGACGACGACGUGGUCUUCGUGAGAGAGAUUCGGAAUGUGCGCAGGGGCGCAACGCAGCCCCAGCCCGAUGCCGCAGUGGUGAAGCAAGAAGGAGAAACUGCUGGUGGUGGUGGUGCAGUCAAGGAGGAAGCGAUCGAUGAGUUUGAUUUUGUUGCGAUGGUCAAGCAGGAGGCUGGCUAUGAGUCUGAGGAUGAUCUGUGA